CUUUCCUCUCGCUUUGUACCGCGCCACCCAUUUCUUUCGACACCUCCCGCCAUAUCUCUCUCUCUCUCUCGCCCUUUCCCAGUCGCCAUUCAUGUCCUCAUGACCCUCUAUGAACACUCCAGAUGCCUAUCGAGAUGCAGAAUACAUCGCUGACGUAUCCGGCACGUCCUAUGGCAGCGAUGUGGACCAGUCGGCCCAGCAAUCGGGCCAGGGCGAGCGCAUGAAAAAGGUGCAGUCGGCGGCUAAGGUUCUCUUCAUUGAUCGGCUCCUUCGCGAUCUCGACAUCUUGAUCUACUGCGAAUUAUCAGCGCUAUAUUACUUGGAUUGCUCGAUCGUCGUCUUCGCCGUCCGCGCCAUUGUACAGUUCAUCUUCUUCACCCCAAAAGCACCCCCGUUCGACCCCACGCGGAACCAGCCGUUCAUCGGAGCCAUCUUCUCCAGCAAUCUCUUCUGCAUGGCCUACCACAAGUUCCUCAGUCACCCCGAAGCCGACGAGACAACCCGUGGGUACCUGCACGGCGGACUCCUGAUCGACUUUAUCGGACAAAAGGCGCCAGUGUCGCUGGUACGACUACUAUCGCUGGACGUGCUAGUCCUUCUCCUCGAUUUGAUUAUGCUGGGCUUGAUCAUCGAGCGCGUGAAGACCAUCGACGCCACUGGGUCAAACACCACAGCAUCAGAACCCAUAGAAACCUCACCCGACCCACAAGAUCACGACUCCGAAGAACGGGGCGUCCUCCGCACCGGCCCGCCGUCUUCCUCCGCAUCGCCACAGCAACCCCCCAAUACCGAGGACAUCGAGCUCGAUGAGCUGCGUCCACGAAAUGAUACACCGCACAGCGACGUGAGCGCAGACGAGCAGUUGGAGCGCACAGAACUCCUAGCCGAGCCGGAAGGUGGGAAGCAUACCCACCCCUUAGAUGUGUUUUCGUCCGGCGAGGCCGUCGUCAUGAACAUGGGCUUGUUGGAUAUCAUCCGCGACCAGUGGCGGUACAGCCCUGCGGCAGUGCGACGGCCCUCACCGUAUGUGCCGUCAGAUCAGACGGCGACUUUUCUGCGCGAGCGAUUUGGGCUCCAGGUUGGGCCUGAUGGGCGUGUCCAACGGAUUGGGUCGUAGGGUUCUUUUGGCGAUGAUAUCCAGGUUAUGUUAUGUUAUGAUAUGGUAUGGUUAUGGUUUACGCACGGGGUGGGCUGUUGUAGUCUGUACAUAUGUCAAUAGCUUAUCCCAUCACCGCAUCUCUUCACGCAUCCUUC